CCUACACUAAUGUAAAUAAAUGUCUUAAUGAUAUCUUAUCCAGUCUUAUCCAAUCUUAUCCAAUCUUAUCUCCAGCCAAUUGAAAUAUGAGAGACUUCUGAUUUGGUAAUUUAUACUGUCGAGCCCUAGUAGGAAAAAAACAAACUUUAGGCUGACUCAUAAGUUCGGCCCACACAAAACGUUUAAACGUUUAGAAGACUUGGAAUACAUAAAACAUCAUCCCACCUUCUUUACGAGUCGUUUCUACAUAUCCACAUCGUGUUCAUAGUGUCCAGUAUCCAAUUAUACGAUUCUAUAGGAACGAACAUUUCAAGAUGUCUAAAGGUCGUGUCUGCCUUGAUACCUCAACCAUCCUAGUAUGGCUGAUUUCUGAGGGCUAUACCGUCGUCUGCUUUUUAGCAGAUGUUGGUCAGGAGGAAGAUUGGGCUGCCGUCGAGAAGAAGGCUCUAAGCUUGGGUGCCGAGCGCAUGAUCAUCGACAAUCUCCAAGAGGAAUUCGUGGAGAAGGUCAUCCACAGAGCAAUCCAAUGCAAUGCUAUCUAUGAGGAUCGAUACCUCUUGGGUACCUCUCUAGCUCGCCCAAUCAUUGCGAAAGCCCAAGUUAAGGCAGCCAUUGAGAACAACUGCGACUUCGUUUCGCACGGAUGCACACACAGCAACGACCAAGUUCGUUUCGAACUAGCCUUCGCGGCCUUGAGGCCCUCUCUGAAGGUCAUCGCCCCCUGGCGACUACCAGAAUUCUGCGCAAAAUUCCAGGGCCGCGCAGAUCUGCUUCGCUACGCAGCUGAGAAGAACAUCCCCGUCGUACACAACCUAGUGCAUUGUUCGUACGAAGCUGGUAUCCUCGAAGACCCCGACCACACCCCUCCUAAGGAGUUAUGGACCCGAACCGUGGAUCCGCUUGAUGCGCCCAACGAGCCAACUGAUAUCUCUAUUCACUUUGAAGCGGGUAUCCCGGUCAAGGUCGUCAUUGCAGGCCAGGAGACUACCGGCAGUGUGGCCGUGUUCAAGCUCUUGAAUAAGAUAGGCCACGACAAUGGCGUAGGCCGAAUUGACAUUGUUGAGAACCGCUUCAUCGGACUCAAGAGCCGUGGUUGCUACGAUACACCAGGACUCACUAUUGCGCGACUCGCACAUCUUGACCUCGAAGGUUUGGUCCUUGACGGCCGAGUCCGCGAACUGCGUGACCAGUUCGUGACGCAUUCGUGGAGCCGUCUUCUCUACAACGGUCUCUACUUCAGCCCCGAGAGGGAAUUCCUUGACAAUUCUAUUGUCUUCUCGUCCCAAAACACAACAGGUGUUGUGCGAUUGAGAGCAUACAAGGGAAAUGUAUACGUGCUUGGCCGCUCCAGCAACGCCAGCAACCUUUACUCUGAAGAGGCCGCAUCUAUGGACUCUCUAGAGGGCUUUUCGCCCCAGGACACGACUGGCUUUAUUGCUAUCCAAGCUAUCCGCCUCAAGAAGUACGGCGAGCAGCGCGACAAGGACGGCAACCCCCUAACUCAGUCCUAGGUUACAUAGCCGGUUCCUUUGACUAAAUGGCCAGCGAUAGCGUCUACUUCAAAAGACACAGAUAAGCUGCUAUUACUAGGUAGUGUCUAGUGCGUGCGUGUCCAACUCGGACAUUUGAUGAACUGGGGAUAAAUAAAAUCCGUAUCCAA